GCGGCAGUCUAGACUCGAUCAUCCAGGACGAGGGAAGUUAGAUCUCGAGACGUGACGUCACCCAGGCGCACAUCCUACCCGUGAACGAUGCCUGCUGACGUCCAGCGAACAGCAGGCGCCGCCGCCGGCCGCCGGAGGGUGCCGCUGACCCGCGUGCUCAGGGCCGUCCGCGACAUGGCAGACGUCCGCGGCAGCUCUCCCAAGCAGAUCCUCGGCCGGCUCAACGACGAAGCGCCCGCGGGGAAAGAGUUCGACAAGAUUCGUCUGGCGCUGACCCUCAAGAAAGGAGUGGAGGCCGGCGCACUGACUGUCCGCAGCGGGCGCUACCAGGUGGCCACGACCACGACCGCCGCCAACGACCGCGGACUGUGCUGUAGGAGGCGCCGCCGCCGCAGCUGUAGGAGGCGCCGCCGCCGCAGCUGUAGGAGGCGCCGCCGCCGCAGCUGUAGGCGAAGGAGGCGCCGCAGCUGUAGACGCAGGAGGCGGCGCAGCUGCAGGCGGAGGCGGCGUCGCAGCUGCAGGCGGAGGCGGCGCAGAUCGUGCAGGCGGCGCCGGCGCAGCUGCCGCCGCAGGAGGCGCUCGUGCAGGAGGCGGCGCCGCCGCUGCAGCAACGACGACAUGUCCGACGCGGCGUCGCUGGAGAGCAGGGUUGACAAGCGCGGCCAGAGCCGGGAGGCCAGCCGCGCCCCCAGCGGGGGCGGCGUCGCCGUCCCGGUGGGGGUGGGCGUCGCGGCCGGAGGUGGAACCGGGGGCGCGCAGAGGGCAACUGGCGUGGAGGAGCAGUCCCACCAAGAGUAGGCGGCCGCCUGGGGGCCAUCACUCACCAUCAAAAUACCCUGUACCAAAUUUGUGUGUCGCCUCAAUAAAACU